CCAUUAUCGAAACACCUGAUAACACCACCUUCAAUAAUAUCAACAUUAGUGUUGUAAAGCAGAAUAAAGGUUGUGGAUAUAAGGUUAUCUAUGAUAAAGGAUUUAUUAACUGUGAGAAAAUGAAUUCGUCUGUAUCGAACAACCUCAGAAUGUAUAAUGUUACGUGGUUAGCCUUUACAAAGGAUUAUACUGACGGUUUGUCAGAAACAGAAGGCUACUGCCUAAACGUAAUAACGUCAAAUGCAGAUGUUAAAGUGACCAAAACGUGCUAUAAUAUGAUUUCGCCAUCGACAUCAGCAGCUCCAACAACACCUACAACCAAGCAACAGCCAGCAACAUCGGUUCCAGUAACACCAUCUCCAAUAACAACCAUUUCAGAAAUACUAACACCAUUUAUAACAACCAUUUCGCCAUCAUUCUCAGCAACAUCGGAACCAGUAAACCCAUCUACAACAACAACCAUUUCAGCAGCACAAACACCCUCUGUAACAACCCUUUCGCCAUCAUUCUCAUCAUCAUCGCCGCACCAAAAAUCAACAACAGUCAUUUCAAAACCACUAUCAAAAUCUAUAACAAACCAUCCAUCUAUCGCCUCUUCCGCACCACCACCACCAUCAUCAUCAUCAUCAUCAUCAUCCCAUGCCAGACAAUCCACAACAAUCAAAUCAUCAUCUGUUCAGCAGGAAUAUACACGCACACAACUAGUACCAAGAGCAACGACACCUACCUAUGAUCCAAGUAAACCAUCAGGAAAUUUAGCAAUACUAGUAUAUGGUAUAAUAGGAGGAGUAACUGGGUUAUGUCUGUUAAUAAUUGUUAUCAUAAUGAUAGUAUGUAUUUGCAAACAAAGACAUAAGAAUGAUCACUACAAACCGUCCGAAAAAAACGAGGAAAAUCACAAUUCCAAAAGCGUACCACCAAAAGGUGAGAUGAAUAUACCAGAAAAUGAUUUAGACGUUAGCCAAGGGGAAAACCAGUCAUUUUCAGUUACCAGAGAGUCUCAUGAAAAUAAUCCAGGCUUUCUUUCAACGCAAUAUCCAAACGAUGUGGUUAUUAUGGAACAUGAAUCUGAUGUACCAUCUCCAACAUCAAAUCUACAAGGUGCUCCUGGUAAUAAUAACCAUGACAGACAUGAUAUAAACGGUAUAGCAAGCGACCAAUAGCACGGAAACCACCAACAAGAUCUUCCACAAACAGAGCCGGAACCGUAAAUUCGACGAGUUCGAGGCCGACAUGUUGUUUUAAGUUUGGCAACGUUUGCAAUUCGAUGGGUGACUAUAUUACCAAGACAAGCGCAUCUGUUCUUUAACAUGUACACCACGUCGCCUUAAAUCUCAGAAAGUCCCCACUUGUUUACGAGUAGUUUAAUUUAAUAUUGAAUUCAUUCCGAUACUUCUAGCCACGUUUAUCUCAUCAAUGCUUGAAUUGUUUCUUUUUUUUAUAACGCUUUAUGUUGUAAUUGCUAUUCAUGUUCAUCUUGUUUAUAUAGACUUUUAAAUAACUAUGCAUCAUUAUUGUCUACCUUGAUCAUCCUAUAUUACUUCCUUGUCAAGCGAGACUGGGCGUGGGAAAACGUAAAGUUUAACAACUAAUCAAAAUUCAAAUUCGGCAACAUGAAAAUUGGUAUUUGGGCGAAACAACCUGGGCAAUAAUAGAGACAAAUUAUGGUUACAUACCCAGUCUAUAGCUUAAUGACACAGACUCGUGAUUGUUUUAGUAUUUUUUUAUGUCUGUCAAGGCUACUCGGGUCCAAAAAACAUAUAUAUAUAUAGCAAUGAAAUUUUGUCACGUUCUUCUAACUUCUUUCUAGUCUUUGAUAACUAGACUGAAAGAAGUAGUCACUUUAAACUGGAAAUAAUAUCAUAUUCAAAAUAACCCCAUACUCUUCUAUUUUUCCAAUGUACAAGCACUGGUUUUACGAGGAACUUUUUAAACAUCUACUUCUAAAACGCCCAUAUAUCAUCAGUGGAUUACCAGAUAGAUUCAAUAUUUCCAAUUGUUAAACUUUUCAGGCAUGGCCAAAUCGCAAAAAUUACAGAUCGUGAUUUGAUUCAGUAUCAACUAUUUGGAACAACCCAAAUGAACUGUUUGGUCACUAUUUUAAAAUGCUUUUUUUGAUAUUUGUCGUGUUGUUUAUUUUAGUUGUAUGGAUAUGUGUGUCAUAUAUAUGGCUUAAUAUGGUAAUGGUUAAAAUAAAUUAAACGAAUAGGUUUUUUUAUAGUAGUAACUAGUAAUAUAUAUACACAGUAAAACGAAUAUCGUUCAUUGUACUAUUUCUAGAACAUCUGAUACAACUUCUCAUUGGGGUUUUCACAUAGCUAACAAAACUUUUGUUGUACUUUAAAUGUCAAUUCACACAUCAGUGUGCAGAUGAAUAAUAUGUUGAAAUAUGUCUUUGUCAGUCAAAUCCGCUAAGUUGUUUAUUACAUGUACAUGUAUUCAGUCUAAACAUAAAUAGCGGUUUGACAUAUGUACCUAUUUAUAACAACUUACUAUACCUGUGUAAAGCUUGAUUAAC